AUGUUGAAUAAAGUACCUAAUCUCUGUCUAUCUAAUGGUUUAGCAUUCUAUGAAAUACCGGAUUGUUUAAAAACCUUAACUGAAUUAGAAGAAAGAUUAAUAUCACCGAGAAUUCCUUUUAUGGUAAUUCGAAGUUUAGGUGAUUCUAAACAAUUUGGUCUCAAAGGUAACCUUGUAAAUGUUCCGAUGAAUGUUGACACAAACGUUGCAAUCUUACCCAGAACUUUUAGUGAUACUCAAACAAUUCAAUUAAAACUCAUGAGACAAAUGAAAAAUAAAAAUGCUUUUAUGUACGAAGCAAUUCGAACAAAAGUCGUACAUACAGCUGUUAAAUAUCUUGUUGAACAAGAACUUUAUAAAGAUGAAGGGAUUGUUAUAUCUAAUGAUUGGCUAAAUCAGCACUUCAGCGAAAGAGAAAAUUUUAUCGUUAAUGAUGAAGAUAAAAAAAUUAAUGAGAAUGAAAACACAAAAGGUUCUGACGAUGAUGAUAACUGGAAUGAGUGCGAUGACGAGCCAAUCAAUCCAUGA